GUCUGAAGCUUUAAAUUUUUAAUUGAAAUCUGUAAUUUGGGCUCUGAAUAAAUUUCAUUUCGUAAUGAAUAACAACUUUCGUAACAUUCAAUUAUUUCCUUCCAUGCCUUCAAAGUGUUGGAUUCCUGGUUGCCGUUCAAAUUACUGUCCCCGUUUUAAAGCACGAGUAUUUAGUUUUCCACGUGAUGAAAAAUUAAGAGCUACCUGGCUGAAAGCUAUUCAAAGGAAAGACAGAGUACCUAGUCGAGCUUCAAAGGUUUGUGAAAAGCAUUUUAAGCCUGAAGAUAUCAUUACUACAGCUUCAGGAUUUGAUUCUAAAACUCAAGUUACUAUCACUGUACCUCUGAGAGUUCAUCGCCUAGUGCCAGAAGCAGUUCCUAGUCUAUUUCUUGAUGGUACACCUGUAAGAAAGAAACGUGUCUCUGUCGUAACACCAGAAGACAAUAACAAACAAGUAAAAGAGGAAUCUGAAGAUUCUAUUUCUGCUGCUGGACACAGCAUGCAGAGUAAGGAACCAAAGUGUUUGGAAUCUACCGACCCGCCUUCAGAAGAUAAUCCAGAUCAUGUUCCUGAGCAAACUACUGAAGAAACUUCUGUCAUAGAUAAACCAAAACGAAAUGUAAGAGGUACGUCAACUACUGAUAGACCAAUUAUAACAGUAAUUAAAGCAGAAGAUUUGAAAUCGGAUGAACCGUCUCCAACCAAAGCAAUGGAGGAAUGUAUUGAAGUAUCUGAUACAACACCUUCAAAUUCUGUUUCAUCGUUACCGUCUCCAUACAAACACCUCCCAUCAGUAACUGUAUGUUUAAAAGAAGAAGAUAGAGUUGCUAUACCAAAAGAAUUUGGUAAAGCUGUGAAGCGAUCGCCGUCUCUUGGAAGUAACAGUAGUAAUGGAAGCAGUGAAGCAAUUAAAAAUUCCACACCUGUACCAAAGCGUAGGAAAGUUGAAAAACCUGCUCCAACUGUUAUAGGUAGGAAGAAUGACUGUUACUGUUGGGUGUGCCAUAGAGAAAAUAUUGUUCUGUGUUGUAUUGCAUGUCCCAGAGCAUACCACCAUAAAUGUGCUGGUGAUGUCAAUGAAGCAUCAUCAGAAUGGUUUUGUCCAGAAUGUCAGCGAUCCCUCGUUGCUGAUGAACUUGGAUGCCGCUCUUCAACAUUAAAUGACAUAUCCCUUAAAGACUUGUGUGAUCUUUUAAAGCUUAGUCUAAAUAAAAUGAGGCAGCGAGCACCUGUUGCAUUUCAUCAAGCAGUCUCAUUAGAGCAUUAUCCUUUGUAUCCACAUUAUAUUAUAAACCCUAUGGAUUUCAGCCUUCUUGAAAAGAACAUCAAACAGAAAAAGUAUGGAAGUACUGAAGCAUUUUUAUCAGAUGUCAAGUGGAUAUUGCACAAUUCUUGUGUCUUUAAUGGAACUCAGCACCCCUUAAGUACAAAUGCAAAAUCUAUGGUGAAAACUUGUGAAAAUGAUAUGCAAGAAAUUGAAGUGUGCCCUGAUUGCUUUAUGCACAGUGUUGUUCGUCGUAAAUACUGGUUCUCAGAAGUUUGUCAUAAACCUCAUCCUCUGGUGUGGGCUAAGUUGAAGGGUUUCCCUUAUUGGCCAGCUAAGGUAGUUCGAAUUGUUGAUGGAAAUGUUGAUGCACGCUUCUUUGGAGCUCAUGACAGAGCUUGGGUUCCUGUAACUCAGUGCUAUCAUCUGUCAAAAGAAAUGCCAACUACAAGCAAACCAAAGAAAAAGGGAAAUUAUGAGGCUGCACUGCAUGAAUUGAAUGUUCAUGUGCAUUCAUUAAUACAGAAGUUUGGCUCUUUUGAGUAUGCACCAUAUCGUACUAGUUUUGAUCCACAAAACAAAUUUUUUAUGUAUCAUGGAAUUGAUGUAGAUAAGGUUAUUAAAUCUGAUGUUAAUUUUGAUUCUAAUUCUCCAAUGAAGAGUAGUGUAAAAUCACCUGGAUGUUUUGGAUAUUCUGAUUCUGAGGGAGAGAAGACUUCUGAAACAAGGCUGGGAACAGAUGAAUAUAUGGACAAGUCAAUAAAACCUUUGCAGAUGGAUACAGAGGAGUGUAAAGACAUUUCAGUAAAACCUUUGCAGAUGGAUACAGAGGAGUGUAAAGACACUUCAGUAAAACCUUUGCAAACUGAGGAGCUGUCUGAUCCAAGUUCACCAGUACUGAAAGAACCAACUGCUGAAUCUGAUCAGUCAAAUACAGACAAACAACAGCCUGCUUCUUUAAGUGUAUUGGAAAUAAAUGAUGAAAACUGUGCAUUACAGGAUGCUAGCAAAGCUGACGAUAAGAUUGUCUCACCAAAACCAAAAUUUCAGUCACAGUCAGAUUCGGAUAAACUGAGAAAGCUGGAGUUAGCCCUUGAACGAAUCAAAGGCUAUGUUUCAAAUAAUAGUGAUACUGAUAAAGAGACUUCUGGUCAGGAACCAGUAGCAGAAAAUGAACAAGAGCCAGUUGCAAAUGUUGAAUCAAAACCAGUAGAUGAAACAGAACCAGUAACUAAGAAUGGAAACACUGAUCUACCAAAAAGUGUGUUAAGUGUGAUUAGCAAGGCCAAACCAUUACCUUCUCUUGACUUACCCACUGUCAUUCCUGAAGAAAGUCCUGAAAUAUCUGAUAUUGCAAUAUUGGAUGCUGCCAAGAAAAAUGAUUCAUUUUCCUUAAAAUUGCAUGAGACAAUUGAAUCCUGUAAAGCCAAAUUGGGUAUUUCUGAAAUUGUGGAGGAUGAUGAUACUUCAGAUAGUGAGUCUGUUGAAGAAGAGGAGGAAAUGGAGAACGAGAGCUUAUCUGAAGAAGAAGCUACAGAAGGUACCUCUUCAGAAAGUGAAGCUGAAUCUAACUCUGAAAUGUCAGAUACUGAUAUUGAAAAUGCAGAUGUUACUGAAGAGUUAGAAACAAAAGAAACUGAAAACAUUGAAGAUUCUAAUGUAGAUGUGCAUACCUCAAAUAUCUGUAAGGAUAGUCAUGUACACAUUGAAGAAAAUAAUGUUGAAGAAAUUGUAGUUAGUGCAGAAGUGUCAGAUGAGAACAGUAUCAAAAGCACUGAUCCAAAGUUGAUAGACGACAAUACUAGCAAUGAAAACGUAACAAAUACUAGUAAAACAAAAAUAUAUGAUAUUUCUUCUUCAAGUGAAGAUGAGACCUCUAAUGUGAAGAAUACAGAUUUUGUUGAAGAAAAACAGUGUAAGAACAGUGUUUCUGAGGACAUUGAAAAGUCUUUUGAAACCUCUAAAAAUACUGGAGAUAAUUCUAGUGAAUCAGUGCAAACUAUCAAUUCUGAAAAUUCAGUCUGCAGUAUUUCUCAGCUUGACUCUUUAAUCGAAAAUUCUACUGUUGCUAGACUGGAAAGUAAGAACAUUCAAAAAGAAAAAGCUUCUAAUGUACUUGACAUUCAGGAAAAAGCUAUGGAAAUAGAAGAAUGUAAUAAUAUGUGUGAUAAUGUAAAUAAUGAUGCUGAAGCAGAAAAAUCUUCACUUUCUUUUGAUGAAAAAAUGGAGAAUAUCAAAGAAGGAGAAUCGCCUAUUGUACAACCAGAUAAUCUUGACAAACACCUUGUGCCAAAUUCUGAUAAAAUGAAGGAGGAAGAUGAUGACAUAUUUAUUUGCAACAGUCCUCCCACAAUAAAAUCUCCUCCUCCUCUUAUUUGUCUUGAUGGGACAGAAACAGAACCUGAAGAAAAAUCUGAGAUGGGAAAUGAAUCACCACAUAAAUCUGUUGAAAACAAUAAAAGAACUAAUGUAGAUUUAGACCAACAAGGUGGUACUUUAAAAAAGUUAAAAUUAAUUAAGGGGUUUUUGAAUAAGGAUCAGGUUCUGGAAGCUGAUAAAAGGUUAGUAUUAGGUGAAGAAAAUGCCAGAUAUGCUUUGAGAAGAGGUGAGAGACUUUUGAGAAAAAAAAGAAUAAGCUCCGAAUCUUCAGAAGAGAGCAGUGAAGAUGAGAUUCACACUACAGUUCCUUCUUUCAGCAGAACACCUCUCACUGGAGCUAAAAGAACUUUCAACAACUAUGAUAGUAAAUCCAACAAGAAUUCAGCAUGUCUAGAUGAAGAUGCUUUUCUAAAUGGGGAGAUUAUUGAACAAAAUAAUUUUAGUCAAGAAGCAAGUCAGAAUUCUGAGGCUGAUACCCAAAGUUUACAAGAAGAGGUUAUAAAGUUGAAGAAAAAAUUGAAUUGUCUUUUCACUGCAUUUCAAAUUCAACAUUGGAAACAUGUUCAAGAAAAAAAUGAACUCAGGCAUAAUAUGAAUCUGAUUGUUAUGGAAAUGCGAGCUAACCUUGAAGCAGACAAGAAACAAGCUGUGGAACUUGCAUGUAGAAGACUAGAAAGGGAAAAAAUUCGAUGCAUUGAAGAAACUAAGAAAAAACAGUGG